AUGAGAAUCAGUAUUUUAUAUUUUGUUUUUUUUUCAAUUAUUAUUUGUUCUUUUGAAUAUGGCAAAAAUAUAUUACACUUUAUAAACGAGAGAAACGUAUACCUUGAAAGGAAUAUAAUAAAUUUAGAAAAUAAUAGAAUAUUAGCAGAUGGAGACAAACAAUUUGAUUUAAAUCAUUUUUAUGAAUCAACUUUGAGUCUUGUAAGCCAACUUAAUGACCAUAAUGAUGAUGACGAGGUUAUAAAAAAAAUUCAAAAUAUUAUAGAUUCACAUAUAAAUAAGCAUAAAGAAAGUAAUACAUUACCCAAUUUAAAUAAUGUAGAUAAAAAAACGAAAAAGUUAAUUUAUGAACUUCGAAAAGAAUUAGAUGAAGUAAAAAAAGAGAUUGAUAAUAUAAGAAAUAAUAAAUUAGCAAUACAACCGAUAGAAGAUAAAAGAAUAGUAAAUAGGCAUGAAGUUGUUUCUGUAUCAAAUUAUGAAGGUCUUAACGGACUCGAAUAUCCAAGACAUAUCACGGCGAAUGAACAGAAUGCAGUCAAUACAACUGUUGAUGAUGAAUUAAAAAAUAAACGAAAGGUAAAAAGAAGGCGCUACGGGUUAUUCGUGAGGGCGUUUAUAUUAGUUGUGCUGUCUAUUGUAGUUCUCAUACCAGGAGUUAAUUUAUGGGUAUUAGGUACUCUUAUUGUAUCACUUUCAAUUGAAACAUAUUUUAGAUGCUAUCAAUUCCGUAAAUUAACCUUUAAAAUAUAUAAAGUACCAAAAAAAAAAGGAAACCCCCAAAAUUCCUAA